AUGGAGGCUGCACCGCCCGCGGCACCCGGCGCCGCGCAGGCCCGCGCGCUGGGAGCGGCCGAGGCGUUCGGCAGGGUGCUGAGCCGGAUCAAAGGCAAAGUCUUCACCUGGGAUAUUCUGAAAACAAUCGCUCUGGGUCAGAUGUUGUCCUUGUGUAUAUGUGGGACGGCCAUCAGCAGCCAGUAUUUGGCAGAAAAAUACAAAGUGAACACCCCCAUGCUUCAGAGCUUUAUCAACUAUUGCUUACUGUUCAUAGUUUAUACCAUGAUGCUCGCAUUUCAAUCAGGCAAUGAUAACCUUUUAGACAUCUUGAAAAGAAAAUGGUGGAAGUACAUUCUGCUGGGACUGGCAGAUGUGGAAGCUAAUUACUUGAUUGUCAAAGCAUACCAGUACACGACUCUCACCAGUGUCCAGCUUUUGGAUUGCUUUGGGAUUCCUGUGUUGAUGGCUCUCUCAUGGUUUGUUCUGUAUGCAAGAUACAGAGUGAUUCACUUCAUUGCUGUGGCUGUCUGUCUGUUGGGUGUAGGAACCAUGGUUGGUGCAGACAUAUUAGCAGGGAGGGAAGACAAUUCAGGGAGUGGCGUACUGAUUGGUGACAUCCUGGUCCUUCUUGGGGCUUCCCUCUAUGCCGUUUCUAAUGUGUGUGAAGAAUACAUUGUGAAGAAGCUGAGCAGACAGGAGUUUUUAGGAAUGGUGGGCUUAUUUGGAACAAUUAUUAGUGGCAUACAGCUGUUGAUUGUGGAAUAUGAGGAUAUUGCCAGCAUUCACUGGGACUGGAAAGUUGCUCUGCUGUUUGUGGCAUUUGCCCUCUGUAUGUUUUGCCUGUACAGCUUCAUGCCGUUGGUGAUAAAAGUCACUAGUGCCACGUCCGUCAACCUGGGCAUCCUGACAGCUGACCUCUACAGCCUGUUCUUUGGACUCUUUCUGUUUGGCUAUAAGUUCUCAGGACUCUACAUCCUGUCCUUCACCAUCAUCAUGGUGGGUUUCAUCCUGUACUGUUCCACCCCAACACGCACGGCAGAGCUGGCCGAAAGCAGCGUACCCCCAGUCACCAUCAUUGGCAUCGACAACCUGGGGCUGAAGCUCGAGGAGAACCUCCCGGAGACGCACUCUGAGGUCUUGUAGCCGGAGAGGGACGGUGCCCACCUGUACACCACCAGGAGAAAGCAGCGCCCGGCCACUGCUGAGGGGCCACUUGGGGAAAUGAUCAGACUCCGAGCCAACACUCCACAGCAUCGGAUUGGAUCCAGUGCGUAGACUUUAGAAAGGAACUCUGAAUAAUGUAUCCAAAGUAGAACUACCAAAAUAGAGCAGGCCCAAGGCUAGGGUUAUGCUUCCGAGUAUUUGAGAGCCAAUACCUGUUAGUGUCAGGGAGAUGAGGUGUGGGCUCCACACUGAGCUCUCCAAGGCACACGUGGGGAAGCGGGAUGGGGGAGGUACCCAGGAGCGAGCCAGCCACGGGACAGGCUGCGGUUGGCCAGGAGUAGGGACAGGGCAGGGUGGCUGUGUCUUAGGUUUCCCAGGUUGGAGGCUUGGGGUUUUCACCCCCUAGAGAGUCACUGUCUACAGGCCUUGUGGCCUUUUUGCAAAGAUGGGGCCUGGUGACUGAUGGCACGUGCUGGGGGAAGUGGCUGGGGCCGCACUUGAGAAGUCCUGAGAUACGGAUGUGAGGACUAUAGAUGUGUUAAAUGGCAGUGCCGUAAAUUCUGGAGUCAUCUUCCAAUUUUUUUUUUUAAUUUCUCCUCUGUCACUCCUGGCUCCUUGCCAGUCACAGUCACUCCUUCCCUCCAGGCCCCAGAACAAACUCUACAGCCUGUGACACUGGAUGUUCCUUCCACAUAUUUACUCCCACACUAUGCUCUCCAAGACUUCGCAGACCUGAGUGAAUACAUGGACGCCAUCCUUUCUAAAAAAUUCCCACAACCUCCUGGAGUAUUCCUCUUGGUCCCAUUUUAUUAAACACCGACUGAAGAAACCAAGUCUUACUGCCAAUUUUCACAACAAGAAGAGAGCUUUAUUUCUAUAAGUGGUAAAAAAUAGAUUUUAAUCAAAAUGGAAACAGAAUUAAUCAUUUUUCAGAAAAGGAUAUGUCCAGGAGCCCUGGGAAUGGGGCUCUCCCCUUAUUUGUCUUACAAAUAUCUGUAAUGCCAUGACAUUUCUGUGAUGUGAUGCGCCUUCAGUACAAAGUGCUGUCAUGCAGAUUCAAGUGUAAUUUCAACCACCAGAAUGCCACUUCAUGAAAAUAUGUAUGUAAAUUCUUUGUAAGACUAUAAAAGAAAUUGGGGUUAAGUGUCCAUUUAUUAAAAGACUUUUUAU